AUGUCGGCCUCCCCACCCAAAGAGCCCGAUGUCGAACAAAGUGCACAGUCUGGCGAAGAGGACCAUUCUAUGGAACAACAAGAAAGAGCAGAAGGCACCGGCGCCGGUGAAUUCGAGGUCAAGGAGCAAGACCGAUGGCUCCCUAUUGCAAAUGUGGCCCGAAUCAUGAAGACAGCCUUGCCCGAGAAUGCCAAAAUUGCAAAGGAAGCCAAAGAGUGCAUGCAGGAAUGCGUGAGCGAAUUCAUCUCGUUCAUCACCAGCGAAGCGUCCGAGAAAUGUCAACAGGAGAAGCGCAAGACGGUCAAUGGAGAAGAUAUCCUGUUUGCCAUGACCUCGCUAGGGUUCGAGAAUUAUGCCGAAGCUUUGAAAAUCUACUUGUCAAAGUAUCGCGAAACCCAAUCUACAAGGGGCGAGAACCAGAACAGACCGACCAGCAGCGGAUAUGGGGGCCCCGUCGGCGGUUCCAGUGUCCCCGGCAAUACCGCGACCGGCAGUGCCUCCGGCUAUGGGCAAUCGGAGAAUUCCAACGAUUUACUGAACCAAGGCCACGGAUUGAAUGCUACAGGCCACGACACCACCAACGCAUACGGCUAUCCCGACGCCGUGCCCACUGGCCACAACGGCAUCUCCAACGACAACUUUUGA